UUUCAGAUAUGCAAUCCAGUGAUAAUAUCAACAACACGUGGUUUGAUGAGUUUAAUAGUGUAUUCACUGGGGUUUUAUCUCUAAUUUUUAAUAUUGCUUUGAUACUCGUAACAUCAAAAGUUAAAAUAUAUUCGGACUAUGUGAAACGGAUGCAAAUAUUUGGCGCAGUUUUGAGACUGAUUUUUUCAGUUUUAAUUGUGUUUAGCUCCCCGACACUUGCUUAUAUAACAGAUGCUGAAGCUGUUUACAUUGUUAAAGGCGGAUUUUCAUUGCCUAUUAAACUGGGAAGAGCUAUGCUCAUUACCUUUGUAACAUUUGUCAUUUUUUCGUGUAUGGGACCUCCGAUGCAAUUUCUUCAAAUGGUUUUUAUUGUGAAAAAAACAACGAGAACACAAAAAAACGUGGUCCUUACAACCACAAUCAUAUCAUUUAUUGUCUCUCUAAUAUCCACAGUUCUAAUCACCUUUGGCUAUGUCCCAGAUGCUGCUGACGAUCAACUAUCAGAAUAUAUCGUAUACAAUCUGAAUGGAAUCGGAAAAUCUGCAUAUUUAAUUGCAUCACUAGAAAGAUAUGAUUACACGUUGAAUGACUUUGUUGCUGACCCAAUUUCAUGGGCAUGUACGAUUUAUAUAAUGGCUGUUCUAGUGAUAACUACAGUAAUUGCGAUGGUUUGUUGGACAAUUAUCAGAUACGAAAUUCAUAAGGGAAGUCGGAGUACAAAUUCGAUGAAGUCUCAACAACAAUUGAAUAUGGUACUUAUGGUUCAGUUCAUUCUACCAUUUCUCACUAUCCACAUUCCAUUCUAUGUGUCUUUUCUAAUGCCAUUAUUUCGUAUCGAGACUUCUCAUCUGUCAGUUUAUCUACCGUAUCUUUUUUCUUGGUGUCCGGCUUUAAAUCCAAUUUUAGUAAUGAUUAUGGUAAAGAGUAUUCGAGAAAAGGCAUUUGAUGCGAUGAGUAUUGGUUCAAGAAGUCACUCGACUAUCAUUAAUGUUUUCAAUAGAUAGCAAUAUUGUUUCACAUUUUGCUGUGAAGUUUUGUGAAAUUUUUGCCCCAAAACAAGUUGGAGGCAAUUUUGAAAUGAACAAAUUUUAAUCAUAUUUGGAGAAAAUAGCAGGAAAAUAAGAAAUUUGGCCGUGUGUCUUUAAAAAGUAUAGUAGUUUCCACGCAAGUACACGAUUGAGCUGAUGGGUAAGAAAAGAACUUUGCAGUUUGGUUGUAGUGAACAAUAAAUUCGUUUUUUAU